ACAUGCCUGGCAGAGCCUAAGAGACUUGGGAGAAGGGAUGCAACAAGAGCAAUCCGGUUCCCUUUGGAAAGACUUGCUGUGCCUUGCGGCUGCCGUACAGGAGGGGAAUCUAUUGAGCUUACACAAAUAUGGCUGCUGCCUUCCAAGCUGCGAGUCGAGCCUUGCAUCCAUGUAAUUGCAAAAAGGAAUAGCUGGAAUCAGACAAGAGUCCAGUUGCAUUGGAGAUGGCAGUCAACAGCCGCUGUACAAAAAGCAAAGCCACAGAUUCAACCUGAAAAGAGGAAACCUAAAACAGGGAUCUUAAUGUUAAAUAUGGGGGGCCCAGAGACCCUAGAAGAUGUCCAUGGGUUCCUGCAAAGGCUUUUUCUUGAUAGAGAUCUAAUGACACUUCCAGUGCAAAAUAAAUUAGGACCUUUUAUUGCAAAGCGACGUACUCCAAAAAUCCAAGAGCAAUACAGGCGGAUCGGGGGUGGAUCACCUAUUAAGAAAUGGACUGAGACCCAAGGGGAAGGCAUGGUGAAGUUGCUGAAUGAAAUGUCUCCGGAGUCUGCUCCACACAAGUAUUAUAUCGGCUUUCGCUACGUCCAUCCUCUGACGGAAGAAGCGAUCGAAGAGAUGGAAAGAGAUGGUAUUGAAAGAGCCAUUGCUUUCACGCAGUAUCCACAGUAUAGCUGCUCCACCACAGGAAGCAGUUUGAAUGCAAUAUAUCGCUACUAUCACCAAAAAGGAGAAAAACCAAAGAUGAAGUGGAGUACGAUUGACAGGUGGCCAACGCAUCCUCUCCUCAUUCAGUGUUUUGCAGACCACAUAAAGAAAGAACUAGACUUAUUUCCACCGGAUAAGAGAAAAGAGGCGGUGAUCCUUUUCUCUGCCCAUUCUCUACCAAUGUCAGUAGUUAAUCGUGGUGACCCAUAUCCACAAGAAGUGGGAGCUACUGUUCAAAAGGUGAUGGAGAAACUCGGCCAUUGUAAUCCAUAUAGGCUUGUGUGGCAGUCCAAGGUCGGCCCGAUGGCUUGGUUGGGUCCUCAGACAGAUGACACUAUAAAGGGACUUUGCCAGAGGGGAAAGAAGAACAUUUUGUUAGUUCCAAUUGCAUUCACCAGCGAUCACAUUGAAACACUCUAUGAGCUUGACAUUGAAUAUGCACAGGUCUUAGCAAAUGAGUGUGGAGUUGAAAAUAUCAGAAGAGCAGAAUCCUUGAAUGGAAAUCCAUUGUUCGCCAAGGCUCUGGCAGAUUUGGUCUGCUCACACCUCAAGUCGAACGAACUGUGCUCCAAGCAGUUAACACUGAGUUGCCCGCUUUGUGUGAAUCCCACUUGCCGAAAGACCAAAUCCUUCUUCACUAGUCAGACAUUGUGAAAAUGUACACUGGCAGUCGGUUCAUUGGCAGGAAGUAGACAAUACAGAUUCUGUGAAACGUGCCCAUUUAUUCUGCCUUCUUUUGCCCCUCUCAGGUUUGCGUUUUGCUCUCCAAAUGAGAUUCGCACAGGCGUGGAAGAGAUACCGUUGAAAUCUUUUCCCACAGCUUUGGUUUUCUCUUAAGGAAUUUUGCAUUGGAAGGAAGACCACAUUUUAAGGGCUUCAUCCUCUGAGUUGCUGAAAAUCCACAUUUUAUAAAAUUAAACAGAAUGCAUGAGGUUCUUCGUAUUCAAUGGCCUCUGAAGGAGAGCAAAAUUUUGGUUGCUUGCACAGGUUCUCUAGCCUUGCUCUGCCAGAGUGAUGCUGAAGAAAAUCUGUUCACUUUGCAGGAAUUAACCCUUCCUCAAAAUGGUGAAGCUUGGUUCUAAAAGAACUGUGCCCAAGGUUUUGAAUCUAAGAUGCAGGUCGAGUGUCUUUGCAGAAAACCUUUCGUAAAAAUACCGUGUUUCCCUGAAAAUAAGAUCCUGUCUUAUAUUUUUUUUGAAUCCUGAAAUAAGCGCUUGGCCUUAUUGCCAUGCGCUCAAAAGCCCGAUUGGACUUAUUAUCAGGAGAUGUCUUAUUUUGGGGGAAACAGAAUACUUGUCAUAAAAAUAUUUAAGUUAAACCUUCCUGGUAAAAUUCUACCAUUUUGGUGGGUGGGUGUGAUUUUUCUUUUAAGGCAAACACACAGUAGAUCUGGCAUUAGAGCUUUGUAACUAAUAACAGUCUGAUGAUGAAACUACUUUAGUUUUCCAAUAAUUUCAACUGACAUCUAGUGUGUAGAUAAAUAAUUUGGUUUUUAUUUUUAAAGAAUAGUAGGUAUAUAUUUUUUAAUUUGAUAUUUCUUUUUGUACGCGAUCACCAUUUCCUAUUUCCACCAUGCAGAACUGAAGCAGUCUCCCAAUUGUGUUUGCAAAGUUGUGUUUCCUAAGGCAUUGCUAUAUUAGUCUUUUGUCAUGAAAAUAGCAGGAGGUCUUGCAUUAGCUCAGUGUUUCUCAAUCUGAACAAUACUGAGAGGGGUGGACUUCAACUCCCAGAAUUCCCCAGCCAGCAUGCAUCCAUUUUAGGUUCAGUUUGAGAAACAUUGCAUUAGCUUAAAGACCAACAAACUAUGUUUAACUGUCAACGGUAUGAGCAGCACACGAUCACACUACUAAAAGUGGCACUGAAAAGUUUGUGAACCCGUUUGACUUCUCAAUAUGUCUGCAUAAAUAUGAUCUAAAAUCAUAAAUAUGAUCCCUUCCUACAUCCUCCAGAAGUGCCUAAUAUCUCAUCAGCCUUGUAUCAGGAAAGCUGGCAAGGCUUUAAAUAGCGGUAGGUAUGGAAAAUUGGCGGCUGGCAAGCCUUUGGCAGUGAUUUUAGUCGUAGAAGUUUUGGAUUAUCUAGCUGCUUUAGAACGCAAACUCUUUUCCUUGGAGGACUGAAUAGACCAAACUGGGCAAUUGCUCUAUCUUUGAUUGCGUGAUGACGUUCCUUCUUUGGUAAGGCUCAUGGGGUGGCAUUGGCAAUACACAUCAAUCCAAACCAAACCAGGUCUGUUUGGGGGUUUUAAGCUCCCCACUUUAACGACACAGACCUCUGGAUUGUAGAUACCUGCAAAGCACAGGUAAUCCUGUUUGUAUCCUAGUCAAAUUAUAUCAUGCGAAUACAGCCAUUCUUGCAGGAAGUGUUUAAGGGUAACUCUUCACUUCAUUAGAAUGUAAUUCAUGAAAGUUUACGUGAUAACGUUUGUUAGUCUUUCAGGCGUCAUGAGAUUAAAGUUAUUUUUCUGAAAAAUUUAAA